AUGGCCAACAGUGUGGUUAACCUGCUCUCAAUAGUCCUGCUUUGCAUAACAGCAGCUCAGGGAAGGAAAACACUUCACAUAAGCCAUAAAUGGCUAACGUCCUAUCCAGUUAUUAAUGGUAUUGAUGGUAUCUGCAAAACAAUGGUGGAGACACAAGGUUACACCUGUGAAGAACAUCAGGUUACAACAGAGGAUGGCUACAUCUUGAGCCUGCAAAGGAUGCCGGUUGGGCGGUCCGGUAAGAAAGCCAACAAACCGCCGGUGCUAUUACAACAUGGUAUCUUCAGUGACGCUAUAACAUGGCUUUUCAAUUCUCCAGAUGAAUCAUUGGCAUUUAUCUUAGCAGACAAUGGAUAUGAUGUGUGGCUUGCCAAUACUCGUGGGACGAAAUAUAGCAGCGGGCACACAUCGCUUAAUUCUAAUGAUGCGGCUUAUUGGGAUUGGUCAUGGGAUGAAUUAGCUAGUUAUGAUCUUCCUGCUUUUGUCCAAUAUGUGUACAACCACACUAGUCAGAGAUUACACUAUGCAGGUCAUUCCUUGGGAACUUUAAUGGCUUUGGCUGCUUUCUCUCAAGGGCAAGUGUUGAACAUGUUGAGAUCAGCUGCCUUACUUAGCCCAAUUGCUCAUAUGAAUCAGAUUACAUCACUACCUACAAAACUUGCUGCUGACACGUUUAUGGCAAAUGACAUAUACUGGUUAGGACUCCGGGAAUUUAUUCCCAACGGGGAUGCUGCAGCAAAACUUGUAAAAGACAUCUGCAAUGGUCUACACUUGAACUGCUCAAACCUAAUGACACUUUUCACAGGUCCAAAUUGCUGUGUAAAUUCAUCCAGAAUAGAUGUCUUUCUUGAUCAUGAACCUCAGCCAACAGCAACCAAGAAUUUGAUCCAUCUAUCUCAAAUGAUAAGAACAGGAGCAAUAACAAAAUAUGAUUAUGGUGAUCAAGUACAAAAUAUGCAGCACUAUGGACAACCAGUUCCUCCUCCUUAUGACAUGACCAAAAUUCCAGAGGAAUUCCCUCUUUUUCUCAGCUAUGGAGGUCAAGAUACGUUAUCUGAUGUAAACGAUGUGCAAGUUUUGCUUAAUGACCUCAAUAAUCAUGGUGGGAGCAAACUCGUGGCAUUGCUCAAGGAAGAUUAUGCUCACAUUGAUUUUGUUUUAGGUGUUAAUGCUAAUCAAAUGGUUUAUGAUCCUAUGAUGGAUUUCUUUAAGAUUAAGUGA